AUGUCAGACCUCGCGCAUAGAGCAUAUGUGGCAAGGCGCUGCUUGACUGCUGUGCCCGUUCACGCCUUGGCCUGCAACGGCAAUUUCGUAAUCUGCUUCGACCACCACUUUGUUGCUGUUCGCAGAGACUCAGAGGGUCUCUGGGUGAAUCUAAGCCACAGAACGCAUCAGUGGAAUCCGAUGCGUUUGUGUAGCGGGCGUGGCGUGCCGCUUGCGUGGUCCGAAGAGCAAAUGUACUAUGAGCUUCACUUCGCCGAACUGGACGGCGUCUUCCAAGUUCAGGUCCGAGUUUCGUUAUUUCAGUUGUACAUGGUUGUGGAUGAAGUUGUCUUCGCGCUUGAUGCGAUCAAUGAUGGAGACGCCUAUGCCCAAGAUGCGCUGCAGGACGGUUCCCUCAAUCUUAGCGUCGCCCAGGCGGGCGUGAUGUCAGACAGGACGCGAUCACUGACGGAGACGCCCAUGUCCCAGCCAGCAGACAGCAAAGACGUGUGGGCACGUCGCUUAGGAAUGACCGUUGAUGAGCCGUGGAAGAAACGUAUUCUCGGAGCAUUUAUGGCAGACUUGGAAAACCAUUGUGGGGAAGAGUGGGCUCUAUUCCGAGCAGAAGUUGCUCAACAAAAGGCCAAGGUGCUUUUGGCAGUCUUCACAGCUAAGUCUCGUCUGGAGGAGCGCGGAGAUAAGGUUGUCAUCCUUCCUCCGGACGGAGCGUUCCAAACGCUAUUUCUUCCUCAAGCGUCGCAUCUGGAACAGUUCACCAAGGAUUGGAACUACGUCCUCAUUCGCCGCAAGAAUGCAGCUUUUUUGCCAGAAGCGUUUGCGAACGCACCGCCGGAGGACGGCUACUCCAUGCACCCGCAGUCACCUUUACUUUCAAAAUUUGGUUUUGGUGCAGAGCAUGCGCGGGCAGAUUGUUUGGUUUAUUUGCCCGCAUAUCGUGUCGCGUGCUGGGGUCUUUCCCCAAAGGAUGCGAAUGCGUUGGCGCAUGAAUUUGUCAUGCUCCUCGAGAACGCCGUGGCUCAAGAUGUCCAAGGAGGAUCGUCCCUGCAGAUGUACUGGAGAAUGUUUGAUGGAUUCAUUGUCCAAGAAGACGCGUUGCGUCGACACUAUCUACCGGUCAAUAGAAGCUUACAGAGCAUGGCCAGAAGCUUUUUGACGGUCAAGAACGCAGCUUCUUUUUUUGUUCACGGGCCAGGACGCUUUUUGUCGUCGCAAGGCUUUUGGCAGUUUGUGCGAACGUUCCCCGUCGACUUGCAGUGGGAGAUUUGCCUGGCGCUAGGCGAGAACAAACUUCUGGUUUGUGCUUUGCCCGUCGCCGUGGCAGAGCCAGGCGUGUCUGGCCACUUGGUGCAUCCACCGUUGGAGGAUGUGGAGCUUGCGCUCUUGUCUCUAAGCCUUCCGCUUCGACGACAGCUACUUCACUAUCUAGACUUGUGGGAUUUGGCUCGUGCUGUUUCAACGUGCACGGAGUUGCAAGAUGUUAUCAUGAACAGCGACUCUUGGAAAUGUGACAGCACGCUUUAUCUACGAAGUUUGCCUUCGCAAAUAUUCUUUGCUGCGUCGCCGACGUACCACUUGAAUCCAACGGCGUACGCGAGUCUGCGCUCCGUGAAUCCACUGCAAGGUCACGCUUGCAUUGUCAUGUCGUGGGGUUGCCAGGUUGACGCACUUGUGAUCGGUGUCACGAACGCAUUCGUUUCCAGAAUGUCAGACGCGGAAGUUCAACACCUUUGCUCUUGUACAAUCACUGCUCCUUUUCAAACAGAAUGCAAAACCUGCAUUAGGUGGACGGCUUCUAAGCAAGCGCCAAUAGACGUAUCAUGUCCUUUCCUGGUUGCAGAUCGAUGUGUGCGUGUCUUGGAUCUAGCUUGGCAGCAGCAUUCGCUCAGACUCAAGGUUGAUGGUCGAACGGUGCUUUCUGUCGACAUUUCAUGUGUUGGCUUGCAGCGCGAUGCCUAUGUCUUCCUAUACUCUAUCGGAGAACAAGUGUGCAAGGACAACUUGCAGAUGGCCUUCGCAGAACGCCGACGUGAGCAUGUCAAUGACCUUGCAGGGGGCUCCGAUGCGUUGAAGCCGACAGAUCCUCUGUCGUGUUUGUCGCAGAGUCUCCAAAGGGAAGUCAUUAUCAACAUUGCCACGACACGCGAGCUGCUGUGCUUGCGAGCUUGCAGCAAAUCUGCGUCUGAACUUCUGCGAGAGGAUUCACUGCUGCGAGGCUCCGUAGUCGACUUGCGAGACGCAGGUGUUCGCUGGCUUAACGUUUGCAUGGAGUGGAAUGCAACCUAUUUCGCAGUCUUUCUCGACGAUGUCCCACUAUGCCACGUUGACACGUGGAACGAGUGGUUCUCCGUCUGCAACAUUUCUCGAUACAAAAAGAUUGCAAGCCCUGCGAAAGCAACAGCUUUGCAUACCUUCCAGUCCAGGUCCGAAGUGCAUGUAUCCGAACCAGAGUCUGACGAAUGGGACUACAAUGAGCAUGUGCUUCGCGCGAAGAAAGUCUUGGCCAGCACGGAGUUCUCCACUUUUCCAGCCACGCCAGUGCUGACAUGCACGCCUGUGAUUUUUGAUGUGGAGCAUCUCAAAGUACCUCCUAUCUUUGAUCAUCUCAGUAUCUUGCACAGUCAUGAGCGUGAUCAACAUUUGGUCUUCCAAGAGGAAGGGCAUCGCUACUAUUGGAAGAAUGAAAGUGUUAACGUUUCAGUAACUGGCUUGAUUCAUUUGCUUACUGGCGGCUUUAAAGAGCAAGACGUCAUCAGGAGCAUGCGUCAAGGGAGUAAUUGGCCUCGUGCUGCAUACGUGAAGCCGUAUGCAUCGCUGGAGCUUCUGCAGAUUCUGCAACAAAUUCCCGGCACGGAACAACUGGUCAGUUUGUUGCAACAGCUGCCGCAUGAUCGCGCUGCAGUUGCCAAUCUCGUUCGGUCCAUGAUUUAUUCCGAUGCCGUCUACAACGAACUGGCGGAUAUCGUUUCUAUGACUUCCUCAGAAAUAUGCCACCUUUGGGCGCAAGCACGCCGCGUUGGUGCGGCGCGAGGAACUUGGAUGCAUGCGCAGAUAGAAUGUCUGCUUAAUGGCGGCUGUGUCACUUCUUGCAGCUUGGAGGUAGCAAAGUUUUUGCGGUUUGUCGCUGAGGGCGGAUUCGGGAACACUUCUGCGUUUCGCACCGAAUGGAAGAUAUACGCUUCUGAAGAAUCUCUUGCAGGCUCAAUAGAUUUUGUGGCACGUGCGCCCGAUGGCGCUCUGGUCUUGUUUGACUGGAAGCGUGCUAACAAGUUGUGUGAGAAGCACAACUCGUUCGGCAAGUUCAUGAAGUCGCCCAUGCACCAUGUCCCGGAUGCAUCGCUCUGGCAUUACCGACUGCAACUUAAUCUGUACAAAUUCAUCUUGGAGAGAUAUUACAACCUGCGUGUCGUUGGAAUGCAUAUCGUGUCUUUCCAUCCCGACAGUAGCACAUUUGUUGACAAGGUCCCGGACAUGCAAGCGGAGGCAAAUGCUAUCAUGACAUAUCAGCGAAACCGUUUGGCAAACCAAGCUGGUGAAAAAGAGAGAGAUUUCCGUGGAGGGGCAGCGGCGCCCAGUCAAGCCAGUGAGGCGGACUCCUUCACGCAACGCAUCGAGCAGGAGUUUGAGGAUGCACUUGUACCGUCACCUGAGUGUUGCAGGGUGGAUUCAAGUGGGCGGCGCGACCAUGUCGCCAAAAUUCUUGAGAUUGACGACGCAUUUUUGCUGAACGGUGUUGUUCCAGACCUUCCGCAGUCGCAACAAGGCAGUAUUCUCCAUGACAUCCAAGAAGUUCAAGAACUUGUUGCCGCGCAUUCUGACUCUUCCUCGUGGCCGGAGCCCCUCCAGCAUGUUGUGCAAGGAGCUAUCUCUGUGCAUCGCUUGCGUUUACUGGACAUCUCACGUCGAGAGGAAGUUCUUUUUCUUGAGCUUAUUGAGGGAAGUUCUCGACAUGUGCGAGCUCAUAACGGCCAGUGUUUCUUUCUGAGUGAACAUGGCCACUGGGCCGUGUACAACGGCGUUAUUCCUCAGGGUGUCCUUGCCAGAUGCAAAAAGUUUUUGCUCUUCCUUGAAGGUUUGUACAGACUCCUACCGACUGGAACACUGCGCACCCCGGACUCUAUCAUCCGAGCAGUAUCAGUCUUGUUGCAGGGUCGGAACGACAACGCAGAUUUCCUUCUUCAAGAAUGCGAAAGAGCUGCUAUUUGCUGUAAUCCUCACGCUGCGAAGCGCCGCAAAACAAGGGCGGGCGUGGAAAAUGAAAACCGGGAUGAUUCAGAGGAUGAGAACAAGCCAUGGACACAGGUCAUGGCGAGCACUGUUGGAAAGCUGUACGUCAAACUGCAAACCUCACUGCUGCAAGACUAUUUGAUUAAGUACUAUGUGGAGUGGUGUUCUAUUGAUGAUCCUCGACAGGCUGGAUUUUGCACUUUAGAUGCCUGCCUGGUCUUUGAGAAAGAGAAAGGCUUGCAGCAAUUGCAGAAGGCCGGCUCGAACAACAUAUACACUUUCCUGCCACACCGGCUGCUGGAUCCGGUGCCUGACGAUGUCAAGCAGCGAGUCCAACAUUUCUGGUACACAACUUAUUGGAACAAUGGAGAAGCCUUUGACUGUUUUAUGUCAGCACUAACUCUAGCUAUUCGAGGAGAAAACGUUGAUCGAGCCUUCUGGGGAAUUGGCUCUGGUGGGGUGGGGCAGAGCCUGCAGACCGCGCACUUGGAAGCAAUUCUCGGGAGUUUUCACGCGUGCUUGGACAUGAAUAUUUAUUAUUCUGACGAGGAGAUGCGCAAGCAGGCUGCGUCACUUCUAGGAAAACUUGUCGUUACUGGCCAGGAGUCGGUGCAAGGCAGCCGUAGAGGCAUGCGUGAGGACGUGUACAAGAAGCACAUGUCGGCAGACAAGCUUCCUGAAAGAUUGCCAUACGCAAUCGAGACACGACUUGUGGAGCUCCGUGGUUGGAAGCGGUUCGAGUUUAACAUGUUGCCGAGGUCACUUGCCUGCAAGUUAGUGGUCACACUGUUUUCUGAACUGUCGACCCACACCUUCAAGCAUGAACCUCACCAGCAAAGGUUCUUUGGCGUCAGCGAAGAGACUUUCAACUCCUUAUUUCGACGAUCGUUAGCUGUGCGCUACAAGGCUUUGUUCUUGGAGUUGAAGGACAUAACGAACCAAGUGAAAGAGCCAGAGAAGAAAGGCAUUUUUCCUAAAGAUCCGACGUUGAAAGACUUUCUGCGAUCGAAACCUGCGUGUCUCGUCACUCUGAGAGCUGUGUGGAAUUACGCUUGCAGACACAGCGCCGCAGACUGCAGAAGCUGCCUGGAGGACUAUGUUGUCGGUAAGAAGGAUGAGGGUCUCACAGAAGCGUGUGUCCGGGAAGCGUGUGGACUCAAACCUCCUGACACGUCAGAAAACCGGGACAGUUCUCGGCUUCCCGGCUCGGUGACGAGCGAUCUACCUGAAACAGACGGCGCAGGCCAGGAAGUAGAUCCAGAAGUCUUACGGCUCUUACAACAACAGGCAGAUGAGAUUGAGGCUUGGAUGAUCGAUGUCAAUAAAGACUGGUGCACGCCUUCCCAGAUAAAAACGGUCAAGGGCAAACAUUUUUGGAAAGCGUUUAGUCGUCAAGAUGCAGAGAACAUUCUCAAAGCGCUGGCUGACAACAAGCUCAUGCUCCAAAGCACUUUGACUCUUCAAAAACAAGGUCUUACCGAGAUCUUUGCGCCGCAAAUCCACACAGAGAAGUCCAUGAAGGAGGUGGUCAAUAUGGAUCAUCACGGCUGCACAGUUUUCCCAGAAGUUUACGACUGUGAGGCAUUGCGCCAACACAUGCUCGAACACAAAGGACGUCUUGCAAAUGACAAAGUUUUGCUGCAAGCCCAUAAAAAAAGGUUGAACGACUUGAAGAAAAGCAAAGCCAGCGGUGCAGGUGCACCUACAAAAGUACAACGUACAGUCCAGGAGAAUCAAGAAAACAUGAUACAGACAAUGGGCGCCCGCCUUCGCAUGGAGCAACAACUUUUCGAUGACAUGCAGAAGUGUGUGGAACAAGAUGUGGAACUAUUAGAGAUGGUUAUGCAGCGUACCUAUUCGUACAAGCUUCAACACCGCUGUCGGCGCAUGGUGGAUGGGUUCGGCGCGCAAAGUUUCUCAAGGGUUUUUCGCAAUAUUGUUUGCAAGAACACACGGGAUUUCGAUUUCCACGCAAGCAUGUUCACCAUCGUGGUUCAGAUGGUUGACAAACUCGGCGUGGCCUAUCAUAAAACACUGAAAGACUUAGCAGCUUGGCGUGCUGUGGCUAAGACUAGAGAGAAGGUUUGCGCAGAGAUCCUGCAGUGCAGCCAGACCAGAGGAAAAGCUCUUCUUCUUCAGGUAGCUUGCGGUCGAGCUCUGUCCUCAGCCGAUGAUAUUUGCGAGACUGGUCAGAAAUUUUUGCAUGAUCUAUCUAAAGAAAGCCGCUGCUUGCGUUGGCUUGCUCGGAGUCAGUGUCCAGAUCUUUACCUGAGCGCGAAAGAUGGUGCUGCCAGUCUAAAGCAAAGCAGUUGGCCAGAAGCAACGGUCUUUGCUUAUUGGUGGAACGCUGCAGAAGACCUUUGUCUGAGCAGCAUCUUGGAUCUAGUUGCAGAUGUUGAGGUGUCGCGCAAGCACAUUUCCUUACACUUCGAUGGUGUUCUACUGUCGACUGAGAUUGUGCAGGCUGUCCAAGAAAAAAACGACAUGAAAAGCUUUCCUCUUGUAGCAGAAGCCGCAAUUUUCGAACGCACUGGCUUUCAGAUCACCAUUACUGAAAAGCGUUUCAGGUCACUGGCGCAAAGGUUGUCGGAGUUAGAAGGCACGUCUCUGCGUGUGGACGCUGCUGAUGAGACAAUGUUGACGCUACUCUCAUCGCCUGGUAACUGCAUACCUUUCGCGUAUGCCUGUGUGACACAAGCCUGGCGUUUUGUGGAGGAGGCAGUCAACCAAGCGAACACUCGCGCAGAGCAAGGUGGCUACAGAUGCUACAAGGACUGGACAAAAUGCAAUCAGCGCUUCCUUCGGCCAUGCUUUACGCUGCCUUCACUGCCAGGAACGGAUUUUCUUGUGCACGCUAACGUUGGCAGUGCCCCGCAAUGCUUUGGUGCGAAAGUCCUACCAGAUAAGCAACUUCAAGUCUUCCACGAGCGCAAAGUGUACCUGAUGUCUGCUCCUGCCUUGCAGGAAAUUCUUGAUGAGUCUUGCGAAGCAUGCAGCAUUGUCUUUUUCUGUGUCCAAAGUACGGAGCCAACAGCAGUUGCUGGAGAGCAGCAGCUGCUGGAUCUUGUCGCAGGCGCCAGUUCGAAGGAUCGGAUGGAUUCUCAAGCUGGAGCUUCAGGGGCCGGUAGCGAAGCGACCGAAGCCGACGUUCAGGUUGGAAUGCAUCUACGAGAGCUCCUCAAAGAUGAAGUCAAGAACCUCAUUGCGAAAGUUCAACAGAACAAAGGAUCAAGCUUCGGGUCGCAGGUCUGCCCUUUAUGCCCAUGGCGACGCUUCGAUAAAAGAAGUUAUUUGCUGACACAUCUCACAAAACAUCACAGCGAAAGCAAGCGCUUCGUGGCAUCCGGUACGAAGCAGCUUCGCAUUAUUGCUGCCAUGUACGAUGACGAUGCUGCGCGCAAGGCUGUUCAUGGUAACUAUAUUCAACGUGCAGCCGAGCUUCUCAGGUGUCAAGUCAAGCCUGGUUGUUCUUCGAAAAGAAACAUUAUCGACAAGGAGAUACGUAUGUGCUUGAGCGCGAAGGGUCCAUACUUUAUGUCCUUGUCGAAAAUCAAGGCAGCGAAGGAUUUGCGACGCGUUGGCAAUGUAUAUUACAACCAAGGAUUUGCGAAUGAAUUUAUGUGCAACGCCGUGGCCAGCCGCGCGUCCUUUCGACAGAUUGCAGCAGCUUUCACAUCCUCUUCUGCGCGCGACCACGGGGCAUUGUGUUCUAUGUUGCCAGAAGCAAGCCAUUCAUUCUGGUGCAACGUGUUGGAGGACAUAGUCCAAUCACCACAGAUCAAAUCCAGAGUUCAAACGCUUUUACAAGAAUGCGAAGAUCAUACGGAGUUCCAGUACUUGAGCAUUGACGCGCAUUUCAACAGCAGUCAAGACGUGCGUGACGCUGCAGCCAUUACAGAUUCCGAAGCUGCCUACAAACUUCUGACGGUUCGCGGACGAACGAAUGCUGUAGUCGGCCUGUGCGGCGUUCGAUCAGAAGGCUCCCCAGUGAUUUCGACUGCCUUAGCCAGUCUAUUGUCACCGUCCCAACGAGCGCAAGUUAUUCACAUUGCUUCCGAUGCACCGAGCGUCGAGCUUUUAGCGACACUCAAGAAUACGUUUUCGAAUCUACAAUCCCUUGGUUUGGACGCGAUGCAUAUCGUGAUGGUUUACGAGCAGAACUUCAGCAACAAGAAAACCACAGGCAGCAGAUGGUUAGCUACCGUGAUGAACAAGUUUCGCAAUAUACAGGCAGGAUGCCCGGCAGCUGCCUGGGGACCUAUGUACACUGGACAGCAGAAGCCUUCUUACACAGCUGAAGAAAAGAGACUGUCGGCGUUGAUUUCUGACGCAAGUAUGCCUGAGGCUGAAGCAGUACACGUGCUGCAGAACUUGGACCCCGACAGUCCUUGGCGAACAGAAGCACAAUUCCUGGAAGCCAUGGCUGCUAUAUGUGCUUUGUUUCAGGACGAACUCACAAAAACCACUUUCUCGGGCCCAACGUUACAUCGUCUUCUGAUUAAUCUUACAUCUCCAGUGAAAAUCCAGUGGCUCUUCAACGACACCCGAUAUCGGCAUGUCUGUUUGCCUUCUCAGACACCGUUGCUGCCUAGCGGUACGACAUCUAAUGAGUCACUUCAUCACGAGCUGAAUAGCUGGUUUCAUGAGAUUGUUUCUCGGUGA